AAUGAACAGAAUCCUUAGGCAGGUGCGAUACUGGAGUAGAAUUAAAUCAUGGCACAGAAGCUGCUGAUAAUCGACACAGACUGUGGUAUAGAUGAUGCUCUGGCAAUCAUAGUUGCUCUGGCAGCUCCUAAUGUGAAGGUUUUGGGCAUCACCUGCUGCUUCGGGAACACCAAUGUGGACAAUGUGUGUAUGAAUGUAAUGCGGGUCCUGACAGUCUGUCAACAAACCCAGAUUCCAGUAUUCAAAGGUUCUGCGGCUCCUUUACUUGGGCCAGAGCUGCCACUGAAAGAUCACUUUGGCACAGAUGGGCUUGGAGGCGUUUUGGAGAACUCUGAGGAAUGGAAGCAGCAGAUACAGAAAGAGCAUGCGGUUCAUGCCAUAUUAAGGCUGGUCAAUGAAAACCCAGGACAGGUAUCUCUCAUAGCUCUUGGUCCACUCACCAACUUGGCUUUGGCUGUUAGAUUAGAUCCCGGUCUCCCUCAGAAACUCAAGGAUCUGUAUGUAAUGGGCGGUAACAUGGAAGGCAAGGGGAAUAUGACGCCAUCGUCAGAGUUUAAUUUCAGGAUGGAUGCUGAAUCAGCUUAUGUAGUCUUGGAGGAAUACACCUGCCCGACACACAUCGCAACCUGGGAGUUUACUUGCAGAAACAAACUAUCUUGGGAGUAUUUUGAGGAACUGGUUAAUCAGAAAACAUCAGUUGCUCAAUUCAUAAAGAAGAUCACAUCCAAGUGCUGGGCCUACUCUAGAGAUUUUAACUCCAGCAACAACAAAGACGUGCUCUUUGGGAAAGGGUUUGUCCCCUAUGAUGCCUUUGCUGUGGCAGCCUGUCUGGACAGCAGUGUGAUCACAGAGAGUUUGCGGUGUGCUGUACGUGUGGAGGUACGAGGUGAACUGGGACGAGGCAUGAUGAUUGUGGACGCAGCCAAUACACUGAAAAAAGGCCAUCUUGCUUUUGUGAUGAGGACAUGUGACCUUAAAAAGUUCAGCUCAAUGCUCAAUGCUUCUUUUCAAAUAGCAUAGAAAUAAAGCUCAUUGCAGUGCUUUUGUAUUACAAGAUUUCAAUCUUCAGAUGUGAGCUGAAAAUUAAAACUUGCUGUUAAUGUACUUAUAAUUCUUUAAAACAUUAAAGGUUUUUAGCUGAAA